AUGGCAAUGGAGACGACCCCCACUGCUGACAUGACCCCCACUGCUGACACCCCUGCUGCUAAGGCAGCUAGGGCAAUCAGAAUCAAAGAUAAACUCGUCAAAGUGGCAGAGAACUUGACGAGUAAAAUUGCCGAGCGAGAUGCGAUAGCCCAAGAUCGUGCUAACAAGCACGCAAUUGCUCAGGCUCGCCCCACUCCCAGCCCUGACCGGGUCUCUCUCGCAGUCACUCUAGGCCCUGGUCGAGCUGCUCCUGCCCCCGCUACCACCCUCGCUCCUGGUCGAGCCACUCCCACCCUCGCUCCCGACCGAGCCGCUCCCACCCUCGUUCCCGGUCGAGCCACUCGCACCCCAGCUCUCGACCGAGCCGUUCCCACCCUCGCUCCAGGUCGAGCCACUCGCACCCCAGCUCUCGACCGAGCCGCUCCCACCCUCGCUCCCGGUCAAGCCACUCGCACCCCAGCUCCCGACCGAGCCGCUCCCACCCCUGCUCCCGGUCGAGCCACUCGCACCCCAGCUCCCGGUCGAGCCACUCGCACCCCAGCUCCUGACCGAGCCGUUCCCACCCCUGCUCCCGGUCGAGCCACUCGCACCCCAGCUCCUGACGGAGCCGCUUCCACAGCCGCUCCCAACCGAGCCGUUCCCACCCCCGCUCCUGGCCGAGCCGCUCCCACCCCUGCUCUUGGCCGACACCACCCCGCUCCUGGCCCGCGUAGCCUCGUUCUUGGCUCACACCCUAGCCACCCCACUCCCGGCUCACGCCCUGGCCGUGCCCAUACCUCUCCCGUUCCAGGCCCUAGGCGCGCCACUCGCAUUUACGGCCAUGCUGCCUCAGCUCCCAAUCGUAGGAUUCUGAGACACUGA